AUGAUUGCUUCACCACCAAGGAGCUUCCCGCCGGUGACGACAUGGGCUUCCAAAAUUGUUGCCGAGGCAUCGUCAAACUUUAUUGGUUCAGAGAAGGAUAGGAGACAAACAAGUUCAAGGCCUCCGUUGCCGCGACUGAUGAUGAUGAAGGUUCGAGGGUUGUCCCCUUUAGAAGUCACGUUCAAUGGUUACUACUUCCUUGGCACGAAAGAGGUUCAACCGGUGCCGACGAUCACGAUGGAGCUCCGACCAGCUUCCGACCAGCCUUCAAACCAAAACCUACAACGGAUGCCACGCUUUUGA